AUGAUUAAAGGCGGUAACCCAAUAAGGAGCGCUCGGAGCAACCGAAACAAAAGACCUGCAGCUCGGUUUACGUCAUUAGGGCCCGCGGGACGAGCGACGACACCUCAAAGCUUGGGAUCUUUCUGGCUCGCACAAUGCUCUCAUCCGUCUCAUUGUCUCGCUGUCCAAACACCGGCCGGCCUCUUCCGGAUACAUUACACGUCGCCGGAUUGUCUCCACACAAUGCUGUCUUUUAACUCGCUGUCACAGAAUGCCAGUGUUUUGGGUAUCGAGCCAUUGUGA